CUCUCCCCCGCCUCCUGGUUCUGUUCCCAUAAACUCUGUGACAUAGUCAGACAAGCAGCCAGAGAACCUCUGGGUCUGUUGGACCAGGGCGCUUUCCCACAGUCCGCUGAGCUGUGUGUCCGCGAUCGGUCGGCCAGAGCAGGAGAACAACACACACUGGACGUUGGGCCAGCAACCACUUACUGGAACAAUUAGAGCCCCACGAAGCCCCUGGCUCACCAGAAGACACUGCACUCCUUCUCUCUUGCCUGCACUCUCUUCACUAACCUCCAGCCCCCCUGCACUCUAGUCCUCUAAUCUCACGUCCAGCAUGGAGAAAGUUCAGCACAUGACUCGCUCGGCUAUCAGGAGGGCCUCCACCAUCGAAGUGAACCCACAGACAAAACAGAACCUGCAGGAGCUAUUUGUCAAUUUCUGUCUCAUCUUGAUCUGCCUUUUGCUAAUCUACAUCAUUGUGUUGCUACUCUGAACCCCCCGAUCUUCACUGGACAGAGUCCAGCCGCCACCCAAUGGGAGGACCACCUGAGCACAUCUGUGAGGCUGCGGGCGGGGGGGGGGAGAACUGUCGUAGUUGAGCAACACGCGUGGGAUUUGUUCUGUAAAAAAUGUUGCAAAGGACAUUAUAGAAUUAAUCAAAACAAUAAUACAAAAAUGAUUUAUCUUUUAGAAUAAAAAGAAAAUUGUUUUGGUUAGUCCACCAUGCAUGAAGGGUUUUUUGUUUUUGCUCUUUUCCAAUGAGACUAAAAAUUAAAUAAAUUUUACAUGAAAUCACUUAAGAUUUGUACUGUGAAGGUCCGUUUCACUUUGCUUGUGAAACUUCGCUUUGCGUGCCUCACUGUAGCCUACUGCUGAGAGGGAAGCACAGUCACUCCCUGGCGAUAUUCCACCAGAGGCCUGGGCCUGAACGCUUCAAGCACACCUGCUCCCCCUUCACUCCACACCCUGCAGCCUGCAGCCUGCAGCACACGCUCGGACGCUGUACCAGUUUCACAGUCCGGCUCUUCUAGACCUCUGCUAGCACUAGCAGGGUGUGCGAGGGAAAAUGUGUGAAACACCGAGCAUCUAAGUGAGAAACUUUGCAACCAAACACUGGCUGAAAUAUACAACUUUCCUUCUAUGACACCAGUUUGUCUCUACCAAUAUUUUCAUGUUUCUAUUUUACCUCUUAAAAAGAUUUGCUAAUGAAUGCUUUGCAUGUCCUAUUUCAUUUCCCUUGCGUAUCUAUGAAUGUUAUGCCACACAUGGAAAUAUUAUCACUGUACAUAAUUCUUAAAUAACUUGACAGCACUUCCUUUGUAUCUAAACUUAACUGAAAUAUAUUUACAGCUAAGAUAUUGUUAAAAUAAAUCCCAAAAAAUACAAGAAACCAGAAAGAAAAAACAAGACAAUUUACAAAUCUACCAGACUGAUUGGUUUAGGUUUGCUUUGUACAGUAAUUACUUAAAAAUCCAAGGCCCAAUUAAAUUCUGUAUUUGUAUUCACACAUUAUAAACUAUGGAAAGGUUAAGUAUUACAUAUUGGCUCAAAUAUGAUGAAAUUGCAAUCACUGUAAAUACUUGAUUCAGGACCAUACAAAUUAUCAUAGAAACUGAGUCUUCUUCUCAGGCUAAUAACCAAUGUAUAUACUGUAGAAUCUUUAUGAAACCCAAGUUCUAUAUACUGUAUAUUGUUCUACAGCAACUACUCAAAAGCUGGAAUAAAACAAUUUUCACUUAUAGCACCCAAAAUUCAAAUUCAAAGGGAUACUUUUUCUGCCAGAAUGAUGGCAUUUAUAUCUGUAGAAUAUAUCAAAUUUGAAUACUCAAAAUGAAUAAUGUUACAUCUUUUUUAUCUUUAAAAAUGAUCUGUGUGUUUUUGCAUUCAGAUGCAGAGAUCAAUAUUACAAUUACACUACUUUAGUCAGAGGAGUCAUUUAACACAGAUGUUAGUGUUUUUACAACAUAAAGGCAGAAUGGUCUCCUCUUGCAUCUAACAUCUAUAAUAUGUUUUUUUCUGACUACUGUAUCUCACCCAUCUCUUCCUUGAAAGCAGAAAGCUCAGAUGGAUAGGUAGCUUUUCUACCACAAAAUUGAACAAAAUGUUAUUUAUGCUAAAUACAAAAGGUGUAUGUUGUUAA